UGUGGGUGCAGCGGUGUAGCGAGAAGGACGUGAGUAGUGCUUUUAGCGGCGAAACUGCGAACUACUGUAAAGUGCGCGCUCCGUGGCUUAGUGCAAGUUUCGUUCCAUAGUUGUUUCAUAAACAAAGGAGUGUAAAAAAAGCGAGAAAAGCAAUUAAGAUAAUAUUACUUUGCUGCUGCUUAUAUGUAAAAAACAUAGGUGCUUCGCUUGAAGACCAGCAACACAACAACUCAGCUCGAAUUGUGAGUAUAGCUUCUGUUUGGAAACCUCUUCCUUAUCUCCAGGACAUGGUGAGCAUGAUUGGUCGUUAAGGAGAAUCAUCACUUGUGGAGGGAGAGCAAGGGUCGCUGUUGUUUUGUUUCUCCACACGUCACGUCCGUCCACCGUGUAUUGGUUCCGUGUGUGACGGCCGCGUGCCCCGGAACUCCAUCUAACUGUGCUUGGCGCGAGAGGGCUGGCAGAAGAAGUGGGUCAUGUGGACAUCGACAGCGGCCUCCCCGGUGUGGGCUGUAGUCCUCGCAGCACUAGGAGCGGCAGCCACUUCGGGCGUGCCUAGCAUCAGGGACAGCCUUCCUCACCCUGUGCACGUUUACGAGGGCGAUGACGCGCUCAUCACGUGUGUCGUGCGUGACGUGGGGGACAACACCAUCAUGUGGAAGAAGGAGGACCGCGAGCGACAUAGCCUCCGAGUACUAACCGCCGGGGAGAACCGAGUCACGGCUGACAAGCGUUUCGACGUGCUGCAUGACACAGCAGUGUCGCCGGACGACCAGGUGAUGUCAGGUGGUGAUGUCUGGGUCCUAGUAAUAAAAGAUGCUAAACCCAGUGAUUCUGGCAUCUAUGUUUGUGAAGUCAAUAGCAGUCCAAUACUGAGGUCCUUUCACAAACUCAGUGUGCUGUCCAGAGCGCUGCUUCCGCCAGACAACAUGACUGACCCCAUGCUGUAUGACAGCCAGAAGGGGUCACUGGGACGCAACCACAACUACACUGACUGCUGUAUCAGUAGCAAUGUAUCUUCUUCAUGCUUCGGCUUCUGCAACAUACAGAGUAUUCUGGAAGGCAAUACAGGGCAGGACCCUGAACACUGUGAAAAGGACUUCCCAGCAAUCGUUAGGUGCAUGGCAGAUGGCAGGAACCAUGUACCAUGCUGUAUCCAAGAAGGAGUGCCUGAUAUCUGCCAAGAUGUUUGUCGUGGAGAGUACACUGUGAUCACUGACAACAUUAAGACCCACUUCUCGUGUUCAGCAUAUACUGAAGAGACACUUGCCUGCAUAGUGGAGGGCAUAGAAAUUCUUCCAAGUUCACCUGAAAACGUAGAAGUGGAAGCACUGACUGAGAAAUCACUGAAAGUGUCAUGGACCCCACCAUCACAGAAUCCAGAGACUGUCUCAGAGUAUAUUGUGAAUGUGACUAUGCUGAGAUCAUUUGAUGAGAACACAGAACUACCUGAUGACAGCUAUUCUGAUGCUGCUGACAGUUACGCUCUGGCCGCUGCAGGGCUCACCAACACUAGCAUGAGGCCCCCAACCAGCUCAAUGAAUCCACUUGGUGAUAAAAACACCAGGAUAAAGGUUCCAGGAACAUAUAACAGCACCAUAGUGAAUGACCUGAAACCAUAUACUAUGUAUGAGUUGUCUGUGACUGCACUUAACAUCCAUGGAAGCAGUUUACCAUCAUAUUCUGUCCGAACUCUAACCCUGACAUCUGGAAAAAUGAAGCCUACUGCUGUUGCACAGGCUCCAGGGCUUCCUGACAUCAAAACGUGCUGCAUCAACAAGGGCAUCUCUCAUACAACGUGUGUGGAGAAGCUGUGUGAUCCAUACUUGUCAGGUAUUGCUGAGGUGACAGAUCUCAUGAUCUGUGCUCCAUGGGCUACAACCACAUUCUCAUGUCUCACCAAUGGUGUGGACCACACAGCAUGCUGCCGAGCUCGUGGCCUGCCCGACCUUUGUCAGGAACUCUGCACGGGAAACAUCACUCAGCUUGACUUCAGCUACUUUAAAUGUUUGAAGUACAUGAGUGACUACACUAACUGUUUGCUGCAAGGGUAUGGUGUGUUACCAAGUGCCCCCACAAGAGUUCAUGUCUCCCAUAUUGAUGUUGAGUUCGCAAUUAUCAGUUGGGACAGUCCAAAUACGCUGGCUGACACUGUGCAGUAUUACAACAUUCGUUAUCGUAAAAUGGCCACUUAUGACAAUGAUUACCACACCAUUUCCAAGGUUCAUUCUCCAUUCAUUCUUGAGCACCUCUCCAGCAACACUGACUAUGAGAUAUUUGUUGAAGCUGUCAACAGCCAUGGAGUAGGAGAGCCUUCAACAAGAGUGGUCUUCAGAACCGAGAGUAAGGUGGUGGAAGAGAAGAUUGAGGAAGCCAGUUUUUAUAAUGUGACAGCAUGCUGUGUGGAAGCAGACCUGAGUGAUGUGUGCCUGCCCCUAUGUUCUUACAAUGUCAACAUGUCAGACAUUAAAGCUCUGGCAGGUGUGUGUGGAGGUGAACUUCACAAAUUGCUACGAUGUGGAGCAGGUGGAAGGAAUCAUGGUAGCUGCUGUGCCCGCCGUGGUGUGCCCAAUACCUGUCUCUCUGUCUGCUCUGGUGUAAUUUUGGACUCCCUCAUUGCAACAACUACUUCUUGCAUCCCUUUCAUUGGGAACAUUGUCCAGUGUUUCGAAGAAGGAACGGGUUUGCUUCCUGGUCCUGUUUCGGAGCUUCAUGCUACAGCUGUAACUAACACAAGUGUCACACUACAGUGGGAGGCUCCAACAGAUGGCAGUAAUGUUACUGAAUAUGAGGUCCACUACCAGCAAUUGGACAACACUUCUAUGCAUGAGACUGUCCAGAAGCUUAGACAUCAACUGAUCGUGAAUGACACAAAAGCUGAAAUUUCCGGCCUUGAGAUGGGGACCAUGUACAAUUUCUUUGUGGUGUCACGCAACAGACAUGGGACAUCUCUGCCUUCUUCAGUACUUAUUAUCAAUGUUACCCAUACAGAACUAGAUGAGAAGGGUAUCCCAGGAGUGACAUCACCGCCACAUUCACUAGCUGUUUCUAGUCACAGUGCAACAUGGGUUACCAUAACUUGGCAGCCACCAGAGUUCAGCCAGCCUGCUGAGCAGCUGUCAUACAAAUUGCACCACAAGUCCACAGCUGAUGAUGAUUAUCACAUAGUCACCACAAGUGUAACAUCACAUACAAUUGAAGGGCUCAACCCGAACACCCAAUAUAUUGUGUAUGUUACUGCCAUUUCUGAAAAGGGACCAAGCUUACCUUCAGAAACCUUAAUUGCAUGGACUGAUCCUGCAUACCCAGCAUUUGUGGAGCCUCCUACAGUCCACCCUAUCAAUUUGGUGAUGGAAGGCAGCAGCAUGACCAUCCUCUGCAUUGCCAUGGGAACACCAAUGCCAACAAUUUCUCUAUACAUAUCAGGACGACUUGUGCGCCAGGAGACAACUCGUCACAUGGUGACUGUUAUUCAUAAUGUCACUAGAGAUAUGGAUCAGAUUUCUUGCUAUGCUGACAAUGGUUAUGGAACUCCUAUGCAAGCUACAAGAAAAAUCACUAUCAGCCACCAUCCACACAUCACAGCAUCUGGCAUUACAAUGGCAGCCCAAGGGGAUUCUGUUGUGUUGGAAUGUGCAGUGGAUGCUUAUCCUGAACCCAAGAUGAUGUUCUGGCGUGACCACAGUGGCCGGGUCCCAGUAAUCCAGGGUGGCAAAUAUGAUAUCAAUGUUCAGCCAGCAAAAGAUGAGGAAGCUAAGUAUGUAAUGCAUUUGACAAUCAACAGAAUAAGUGAAGCUGAUGAAGGUGAUUAUUUUUGUCAUGCAGAGAAUGCAUUCGGAAGUAGCACACGACCAGUAUCUGUGAGGAUUCGUAAUGUGGCUGCAACAAACAAUGUAACACAGUGUUGCAUAGAGCAGAAUGUGACAGCCGCAUGUAUGGAUGCCUGCUCCUUCUAUCUUGAUAUUGAUGCAGUAAUCGAUAAACCAGAAUGUAUUAGUGACUUUGAUAAACUUAUGAAGUGUGCAGCAGAUGGCUCUGAUCAUCGCAGCUGUUGUGCACAAUGGGGAGUGCCACGUCGUUGUCUUGACUGGUGUCGGGGUGAACCUCUUCUCAACAAUAAGUUCUGUGUAUUGUCAUAUACAAAACAGAUCAUGUCCUGCUUCCACGAGGGUAGAGAUCGCUUGCCUGGACCACCACAGAAUGUCCAUGUUGAGCUGAUUGAUGCUCAUUCUGUGCGUGUGAGGUGGGAUCCACCAGUCAAGAACCCCAACACUGUUGAGAUGUACAGAGUUUUCUGGAGACCAGUAGGUUCUCGUAGUGCCAUAAAGAAUGACACUAAAGCAACAAGCCUGCGCAUCAUGGGUUUGAAGGAUGGGUCAACAUAUGAGUGCGUUAUUAAAGCAGGAAAUCAUCUAGGCACGAGCACAUUAACAGAACCUGUUCGCUUCACAACUGGUGACAAAUACAUCACAUCUGCUGCUAGCUUAGGUAAUGACAGUUCUUCUGCUGGUGUGGCUGUGGGGAUUGUUCUGGCUCUUAUCAUUGUUGCUGCUAUCAUUAUUGGUGCUAUUUGGUUUAUGCGGACAAGACACAUGCUGGGUCACAAGUCAUCUGGAGGAGUUGCAUUUGAGAAUCCCAGCUAUUUGCGUGAGGUCAACAUGGAUCAUAUACAGAUUCCUGCAAGUCAGGGAGACAGUGCGCUGGCCAACGGGACUGCCAAUGGCGUGAAUCCUGCAGGUAGCCAUGUGCAGACACAGCAGGGCUGGAAGCACGAGACCCUGCAUGUUCCAGCCCAAGCAACAGAAGUUCCUCCGUCCCUGUAUGAAGAACUGAAGCUUGGUCAGGAUGGUGCUGGCUUCAAGCGGCUCAAAUAGUAUCAGAGGUUCCGAUAUGAAUCCCGAUUCUAAGACAGCAUCGAGAAAAGGUGGAUCUGACAUGUGAUUUUUAUAAACAGUGCAGAUGCGAUAUUCAUGGACACUUCAGAUAAGUGACUGGAAUCGCAAAUUGCGUUUUAUUAAAUCAUCAUGUGUUUGUUCUUCUAAUCCUUAUAAAGACAAGUGAAGGCACUCUGGUGCCAUUUCCAUGAUUGUAGCAAAUAAAGAUAGAAUUCACCAGAAAGCAUGAAACAAGUUAAAAUCUUUUCCAUGAGUCUUUAGGCAAACCAUUUUUUGGAGUGCAUAUUAGCAAACUGUUGCUCAGUCAUGUGGCUGUGUGGAAGCAGCUACAUUAAAAUAACUGAUUUGCUAAUAUGCAUCACAAAAAUGUUAUAUGCCAUAAUUUUUUUGGGAAAGGAGCCUUACAUAGUAGCAUCACUUUUCAUGAAAAUGAAAUCACUUUGACUUAAAGAUAUAUGGCAAAAUUUUAUGAGUCAUAAUAUAUUAAACACAAUUUUAACACUUAACUCUCUCACAGUACAGGAGACAUUUUCCUGAUGAAUAAAAUUUAAUAUUUACGAAUGCAAAAAAUAUUUCUUGGGAUCUUCCACUUUUAAACAUGUCUAUAUUAAUCUACUUGUAACUUGUAUCACCUUCAAUUAAAGGAGAACAAACAAGAAGACCGUUGAUUGUAGAAUGAGGACUGUGAACCUGAGCCCUUCCCCAGGGAACAGUUAGUGCUUGAGAUGCCAUAGAUGUGUGGACCAGAAGUAAAUAUAAAUAAACUGUAUUAUGAAGUUACAAGAUGCAUAAAAGAAAAAAGAAACUGACAAAUACACACAUUUGUAGACUGCUUAGUUUUGUACAAAAAUAUAUGGAGAUGUGGUAUAUGAACCCCUCACGCCUCACUCAGUGUGCUUUAGUCCAAGUUCAUAUUAAAUGUUGUUUGAACGAAGUUUUGGAUGAGUUGCAGUAUAACAGUGACUGCAGAUGUUCACAUCUUGAAGCACAGCACUUUUAGCAAUAGAUAUAUAUACAUAUAUGUUAGCUAACCAUAAAAUAUGGUGUUAAAAUACCCAGAAUUAAUUUUCUGAUAUCUACAAUGAUUCAUUAUUACUACAGAAUUCUUGCUUUAAACAAUGAUGAUUUAUGUGGUUGUGAUUAUGGGAAGAAUACUGGCAUGAAGUGAGACUGUACGCAGCUUUGUUGAAGAAUCAUAGUUCUGUCACAUUGCAUUGUUAAUUGCUUUAGUUGAAGUGAAAGUGUUCCAACAAGAUUUGUAAAUAGUAAGGAGCAGCAUGGAGUGAUUGUUUCAAUACAGGCCACACAGAGUACCUCACAUUCUCAGCUUAGACUUAUGUUAUUUUAUUUCCAUAUGUUUAUAUUGUUUCAUGUUAAAUCCAGUACAUUCCUGUAAGUACCACAUAGUAUUAUGUUAUAUUUUUUUUCCAUUGACAUAGUGUUCUUUGUAUGAUGUACCUCUCUGAAAGUAUUAUGGCCAGAAUGACAUAUCAUUUCCAUGCAGAAUGUGUGCCUUUCAGAAUAAUAAUAAUAAUAAUAAUAAUAAUGCUGUAUAAGAACAAAAAGUGAAACUUGUAACUGAGGAAUCAGCAUUAAGUUUGCUAAUUCACAUCCGAAUCCUAUGGUAUACAAAAGACCACUUUAGAAAAUAACAGUAAAUAACAAAAAAUAAAACAUACUUUGGGACUCAAAGUAGUUGAAAUGUGAUUGUCUUGUACAUGUGUUUUUAUGUUUGGGGAAAUUAUCUUUUGUACAAUGUAGAUUAAUAGUAGAUUAAAAACAGAAACGUUGUAAAAAUUAUUGUAAAAAACAUAAAAGAAAAUAAAAAUAGUAAUUUUUCCCUAGG